UGCACCCGAUAUUAUAGUAUAUGUCACGUAUACUAUAAUAUCGGGUGCAUCCGGGUGGGGAAUCGGAACACAGCCCGAGAUGCUGUAGGUGCAUACACAUACAAUUACAGCACAGCUGUUCGCUUCACGAAUCCCAUAUCCCAUCCCCGUCACGGGAUGCUGUCAACAAACGUACGCGUUUGCAGAUAAAUCCGAUGCGUCGACGUACUUGAAGCUCUCUUCCGAGAAGGUCUUUCUUCAUUCCCCUCGCAGCGCAAAUUGUGGGUGUUCUUUUUAUAGAGUAGGCUCUCUGACCUUCUGUUCCUUCAAAAGCGUACUCGGAACAGCUUCUCCUCUCGUGUGGACGCAGAUCAUGUUACGACUAAUCUUUUAAAUAAUUAUUUAUAUACACACAUUGACAUCCAACUCUAUGACAGACAGGAACAAAGUUUUGGUCGGUGCCGAAGUAAUAUGGGGUGUAACCCUUUGCUGUCUUUUCUUUAGUCACAAGUUAUUAAGACCCGUGGCACUAUUAAAUUUUAUCCCUGCUAUCUUAUAUCGCAAUCAAAAAAUGAAGAAUGAAGAAGAUGAACAACAACAUAAUGCGGAUGAUGCUGGUACAUCAAUGAAUUGUGAUAAUAAUGUACAUACAAAUGAGCAAAAUGAAACGCAAAAUGAAGAGCAAAAUAGACAACUAAUGCCAAAUUUUAUGUUGGGAGGAUUAACGGGAGCGUCGCCACCGAAAUUUGUGUCUUUUGAUGAAAUUAUAAAAACUGCUAAUGGAAUGAAAAAUAUGGCCUUAGCGCAUGAAAUCGCGGUAGAUAAGAAUUUUCAAUUGCAAAAAUUGGAACCGGAAGACGGUAGUUUUCAUAGGCGAGUAAAGGAAAUAAUGCAUAAAGCUUUUUGGAAUCUGUUGGCGAAGAAGUUAGCCGAAGACCCGCCAGAUUAUUCGCACGCACUGAUUUUGUUGACAGAGAUUAAAGAAUCCCUGGACGAGCUUGUACCGCCGCAAAAUUCCAGAAUCAAAGAAAAUAUCAGAGAAGUGCUCGAUCUAGAUUUGAUCAAACAGCAAGCGGAGAAAGGUGUAUUAGAUUUUCAUCAUUAUGCGCAGUACAUAAUCUCUGUUAUGAGUAAGAUUUGCGCGCCGGUCAGAGACGACAAGAUCAAAGAGCUCUCGCAGCAGGUGGACAUAAUCGAGACGUUCAAAGGUGUCAUGGAAUUGUUGCAGUUAAUGAGAUUGGACUUGGCGAAUUUUACCAUCACAAUGAUGAGGCCGAGCAUCAUCGCCUUGAGUGUCGAAUAUGAGAAGGCAAAGUUCGCCGAAUUUUUAAAGAUUAAUUCAAACGGUCUGCAAAACACGGAGAAAUGGUUACUGAGACAUUUCGAUCCGGAGAAGAUCGCGAGUUCAUCGAGCAGCGAUACCAGUAACAUAAGACAAAUCACUCAUUCUCUAGUAACAGAGGCGUAUCUCGAUCUCCUGGAAUGGGAUUUCAAUCCAAUUGCCGAAACAUUGAUGCUGGAUCAAGGAAGAAUUCUGGAAUUGCGCGACAUAACCAGUAGAUUGAGUGUCAUCGGUUCUGUAAUAUUGUUGGUUAAUAAUACAAUCGGUGCGCCGAUUCACGGGAUUUCAAGUUUUAAGAAGAAUAUUAAGGAGCACUUGAAUGCAUUGUUGGACUCUGUACAUUCCAACAAGGAUUUGGAAGCUGCGAUGCCAAAUAUUGUACUUCAAGUAAAAGAAGAUGUGAAAGCGACUUUACGGGAAGUCGAUGCUCCCGAGUUGUCUCCAGAAUUAGAAACAUUAUUGGAGGGUCAGAUAGCCGAUCUUGUAGAUACAAAACAUAAGAUCAGAUAUCUUGUCAGUUUGCGAAUUAGACAAUUCCUGCAGAAAAUCAUUCAGACGCAAUCUGUUGCGCCCCAACAAGUACCGCCAGGUCUCUCCUCGCUGCAAGAAGAAUUAACGGCCAUCGCUGCUCGAUUUGUAAUACUUAUCUCGCAUAAUCGUAGCGUAUUUGGUGAAUAUUACCAGGAUAUUGUCGCAAACGCGUUUGCGAAAAAUGAUGUUGACAAUAACAAGGAGAUGCAUGAAGCACAUACCAUGGAAUUGUAAAAAAUGGAAAUAGAGACAAAAAGUGAAA